CUUACUACGACCAGAGCGAAGAUGGGUGAAGGAGGAUCGACGGAAAGGCUGGACGAUGCGGAGGGCACUCUGGUCGGCGAGCAGAAAGAUGUGUCAGCCAGCGAGGAAGAGCGGCAGCUGCGGUGGAAGCUGGAUCUCCAGAUCGUGCCACUGUCGCUCGUCAUAUACACCUUGUCCUUCCUGGAUAGAACCAACAUUGGCCAGGCGCGCCUCCAGGGCCUGCAGGAGGACCUCGACAUGAGCUUCCACGACUUUCAAGUGGCCCUGACGAUCCUGUACGUGCCGUACAUCAUCUUUGAGCUUCCGAGCAACCUGAUCAUCAGGAAAGUGGGCCCCGCUCGGCUGAUCCCGCUGCUCCUCACCAUCUGGGGCAUGGUGUCGUGCGUCCAAGGAACCGUGCGCAACAAGACGGGUCUCUACAUCAACCGAGCAUUCCUCGGCCUCGUCGAGGCGGGCGUGCUUCCCGGCCUGUCCGUCUACCUGUCCUUCUUCUAUACACCACGCGAAAUGCAGCUUCGUCAGGCUCUCUACUUCUCAGGGGCGAGUCUCUCGGGCAGCUUCAACGGUCUCCUCGCCGUGGCGAUCGGGGAACUCGGCGGUCGGAGGGGCAUCGCCAAGUGGUCAUGGGUCAUGAUCAUCGAGGGAGCCUUUACGACGCUGUUUGGCAUAAUCGCCUUUUUCAUCAUGCCCAACUCAAUCAACAACGCCUGGUGGCUCACCGAAGCUCAGCGAGACCUUGGAAGAAGGCGUCUGGCUCUGGCCAGGCAUCCGGACCUCGAUGCUGUGGGGGAAAAGACAGGAGACAUUGGCGCUACAAGCAGAGAUGGCCUUCCUGACGAAGCUUUCUCCUGGUCCGAGGUUCUUCGCGCUUUUACCGACCCUUUUGUCUGGUUGAUGUUCUGCGCUGGAUUCUGCAGUGCGACGUCAAUCUACGGUCUCUCCUUCUUUGCGCCGACUAUCAUCAAAAGCCUGCCGCUCGGCUUGACAUCUGUCCAGUCCCAGCUCCUCUCUGUCCCACCCUUUUUUGCCGGCUUUCUCUUUUCUGUCGCAUUUGCUUUCUUCUCCGACCGUCUGCAAUGGCGCUAUCUCUCGGGCGCCUCGGCAUUUACCCUCGCUUCCGUCGGCUACCUCAUCGCCCUCUGCACCAGCACCGGCUGGGCACAGUACGCUGGCCUCAUGGUCCUCUGCGCCGGAAGCUUCUCCAUACCGCCUAUGUUGCUUACCUGGGCGCUCACAAACGUCUGGGGGUAUUACAAGCGCGCCACCGCCGCCGCCUUUCUUAUCUGCGCAACCAACUCGGCGGGCAUCGCCGGCACCUGGCUCUUUAGCCCGCAAGAGGCACCCCGGUAUUUCAGAGGAUUCGGCACCAAUCUCGCGCUCAACAUCAUGGGCAUCGUAUUUCUCUCGCUGGCGGAGCUGUGGGUCUUGCGUGAGCGUAGACGGAGGAGACAUGGAAGCAGCGACCACCUGGUAGAGGCGCUGGCCUCGCAGGGAAUGAGCCCGGCGGCUAUCAGGGCAAAGCUCGGCGAUCGUCAUCCAGGGUAUCAUCUAGAACUGUAAAAACAUCACUGCCAUAGUGUACUGUACAGU